AUGGUUUCUGGGCUGUACUACGGGUACAAACAACAAUUAACAUACACACAUGUGGUAUCCCUGCGAUCGUCAGGAGCAGGAGAAAUUAUUUUGGGUUGUCCUUUGGUGGUAGGAUAUGGUAGUAGCAAGAAAUAUACAGAUACAUUUAAAAAAAUAAUUUUUUUACUAUUUUGGGACAGUUUUCCUUUGGUAAUGAAAAAAAAAAAUAAAUCCAUUACCAUUUACCACCAAAUGAAUUUGUCCUGAAAAAAAUUGCGGUAUAAUCCACCUGAAUGCACAAAGUAGUUGUGAUGAUAUGGAUGGUUUUGCUAAAACAUGUCAAAGUUGCAAAAUUGUGCUUA